CCCAAGGACAUGUCUGCCGGCCACUACACGGCCCAGUACACGGGCCUGGCGCCGGCGCAGGUGUUCGCCGAGCCCAUCUCGCAGUACAGCGCCCUGCCGCCGUCGCCGACGGCCAGCUACGUCGGCGGCAGCGGCACGCUGCGCGGCGGCGCGUACGCCGUGAGUGAGCCGUAUUAUCGCGACUACUACCCGGCCGAGCAGUACGCCGCCGGCCGCAGCGCGCCGCUGUACGCCGACGGGCAGGAGGGGCACGCCCAGUUCGUGGAGCGGUACAUCCGGCCCGGCGCGUCGGCCGUGUACAAGCUGUCCAGCCAGGGCCUGGCCGUGGACCUUCCGUCGCCGGACAGCGGGAUCGGCGCGGAGGCGGCCACGCCGCGCGACCAGGCUACCAGCCUGCAGCAGAACUCGACCGGGUUCGAGUACACGGACGUGUGUGGCCAGACCGCCCUGCUGGCUGACCCGAGCCUCAUCAGGAGCACAGUGUCGCCGUCCACCUCCAGGUCACGCCCCUGGCACGACUUUGGACGGCAGGCGGAGGUCGACAAGAUUCACAUCCCCAAAAUAUUCUCCAACUACGGCUUCCGGUUUUUCAUGGAGGCGCCGAUUUCCACCAGUCAGCGACGUGAGGAUGACCGCCUGACGUACGUCAACAAGGGACAGUUUUACGGCAUCACCAUGGAGUACGUGCCCGAUCCGGACAAACCGCUGAAGAACGCCACAGUCAAGAGCGUCAUCAUGCUGAUGUUCCGGGAGGAGAAGCCGCCCGAGGACGAGACGAAGGCGUGGCAGUUCUGGCACAGUCGCCAGCACAGCGUCAAGCAGCGCAUCCUCGACAUCGACACAAAGAACAGCGUAGGGCUGGUGGGAGGCAUAGACGAGGUGGCGCACAACGCAGUGGCCGUGUACUGGAACCCGUUGGAGAGCUCGGCUAAGAUAAGCAUCGCGCUACAAUGCCUGAGCACGGACUUCAGCAGCCAGAAGGGCGUCAAGGGCCUGCCUCUGCACGUGCAGAUCGACACUUACGACGACUCCCGGGACCCGACCGCGACGGUGCUGCAGCGUACCUAUUGCCAAGUCAAGUCCUUCUGCGAUAAGGGUGCCGAGCGCAAGACCCGCGACGAAGAGCGGCGCGCCUCCAAGCGGCGCAUGACGGCCACGGGGCGCAAGAAGAUGGAGGAGAUGUACCACCCGGCUUGCGAGCGCACAGAGUUCUACACCAUGGCUGACACGGCCAAGCCGGCACAGCUGUUCCAGCCAAGCGCUGACACCGAGAAGAUUGGCAACAUCGAGCUGCAAAACUACUACGCUCAGCAGGAAGGCGAAAACCACAGUCUGUACGAGGACGUGGCGGCAUCGCCGUCCCCCGCCAGCCCCGCCUCCCUCAAGCCCCACUACGGCUUCCCGGCCGUCGCCGGCGAGCUAGGGGACGGGGAGCAUCGCGACGAGAGCGGCCUGUUCCUGCCGGCGGCCAAGAGGCCUCGCCUGAGCCCGCCGCUCAGCCAGCGCGUCAUGUUGUACGCGCGCCAGGAGCAGGAGGAGGUGUACACGCCGCUGCACGUGGCGCCACCUACAACAGUUGGUCUGCUGCACGCGAUUCAGAGCAAGUACAAAAUCAGUGCAUCUUGUGCCCAAACCCUCUGUCGGAAAAACAAAAAAGGAGUGAUAGCGACUAUGGACGACGAUAUGAUCGCCCACUACUGCAAUGAGGACACCUUCCUGCUGGAGAUUCGCCCGGCGGAGCAAGACGGCUCGUACCACAUCACCAUGAUCGAGGUCGGCGACUGAGAGAAGCUCAACUCCCGCGGCAGCCCGCCAGAUGGCAGAAAAUGCGCCGUGCAGAGCGCGGUCUGCCGGGCUCGGCGCGUCGCGCGCGAUUUCCUCCUGCGCGCAGGACGCCUGGCGCCGAGCUUGUAAAAUUGCGACUAGCGCGGUGCGCCGUGCUUGGCUAGCAGAGUUGUGCUGUGCUUGGCUAGCGGAGUUGUGAUACCGGCCGACGCCGCCCUCGGGCGAUCAGCGCCGGGCCGGUGAUACGCUGGCGUCUGGCGGGUGACCCCGUGACCCUGGAUGCCGCACACGGCUAAGCUUCUGCCGCCGACUGGAUCUCGACAAGUGCCACAAAUAACGCGGCACCGCCCGCCGCUGCCGGCUCCUCCCUGCAGUGCCGGGGCGGCUCCAAGCUCGUCACCAUGUACAUACGUAUCGAGAACUACAUACAGGCGUAUACAGGCAUUGUUGUGAUAAACAGUGCCUAGUGUUGUUGUACCUGAUGGAAGGAUGGAUGGCGUCGAUGUUGAUAUCAAAAUGCAGAAGCACCGAGUGCUCGUAGUUAAUAUCAGAUGUCCAAGCGACAUACUAGAAUAAGGUGUACGAACCUGAUGAGCCAUACAUUUACAGAUUUACAGGGCAACGUGCCAAUCGGUUAGGCUGUCGUGUCGGAUUAUCCACCGGCCUGAUGGGUCACUGAAUGUGCGGAAGAGUGGUGUAUAUGCCCGUUGGUUUGCCGCAGGAACAUUGCUGUGUUGUAGCGAGCGCUGUCCUUGUUGGCUUUAUCUUAUGACCUUAAACGUUAAACUACUUAAUGUCGUCCCGACCAGUGUAUGUUUCUCACGGACCCACCACUACGACUACGGCUUCGAGAAGCUCGUGUAGGUGCGUCAUGCUAUGCACUCUGUUACGUUGUCCACGCCGCUUCCCAAUUAUGCAUCGUUGUAGUCGCGCUUGAGACACGAAGCAUACGUCGAAAGCUAUCUGCGCAGACAGAUCCUCACCGCCACGGAGUCGACUCAACCACCAGGAUGGCCACUCAGUACGGGGAGCUCUCGUGGCUAAGCUGGGCCGCCCUCCUCGAUGACCUACGGUUAAUGACCCGCUCACUUAGGUGGUGGGUGACCCUGUCCAGACCGUGCCCGCUGAUGCAUCCGCUGAAGAUCAAAAGCCUCACCUCCGCGUGCUCGAGUGUUCUAAGUGUAAUUUAUUUCCUGAAGCGUGUGGAAUGUGCGGGGUGGCUUAAGAGGUGUUUCAAACGACAUAGUCGGUUGAUCGGCUGCUUUGCAAUACAAUUGCUGCGCUCACGUGCUGUUGUACCGGUUGCGUCUCCGCUCACCUUCUGUUCAACACCUGCUGUUGUACCGGUUGCGUCUCCGCUCACCUUCUGUUCAACACCUGCUGUUGCACUGGUUGCGUCUUCUACGGCUUUGCUCGCUGAUCGGGGGCUUAGUUUCACAAAAAAGUUGAGGGUAGGCGAGGGGAC